AUGAAUUAUACUGAAUCCAGCCCGUUGGUAGAAUCAAUUGCCAUAGGUUUUACACCUGAGUUAUUAACUAUCCUACCUGUGCCUUCCAAUGAGACAACUUGUGAAAACUGGAGAGAGAUACAUCUAGUUUUUCAUGUAGCAAAUAUUUUUUUUGCAGUUGGGUUGGUUAUUCCAACUACUAUUCACCUUCACAUGAUCCUUCUUAGGGGGAUGUUCACUAUAGGAUGUACCCUUUAUAUCAUCUGGGCUACUCUCUACCGAUGUGCCUUGGAUAUAAUGAUCUGGAACUCUGUGUUCUUGGGUGUCAAUAUUUUGCAUCUUUCAUAUCUUGUGUACAAGAAAAGACAUUUGUUCAGAAGAUUAACUGGACAGUUUUGCAUGAUACAGACCUUGAAGAAGGGCCAGUCUUAUGCUGUAGAGGAUCAGACUUCAGUUGAUGAGCGUCUGAGUAUUCUCCUGAAGGGAAAAAUGAAGGUCUCCUACCGAGGACAUUUUCUGCGUAACAUUUACCCCUGUGCCUCUAUAGAUUCUCCUGAAUUUAGAGCAACUCAGAUGCACAAAGGUGAAAAAUCCCAGGUCACCAUUAUAGCAGAUGAUAACUGCAAAUUUUUAUGCUGGUCAAGAGAAAGAUUAACUUACUUUCUGGAAUCAGAACCUUUCUUGUAUGAAAUAUUUCGGUAUCUCAUAGGAAAAGACAUUACAAAUAAGCUCUACUCAUUGAAUGAUCCUACCUUAAAUGAUAAAAAAGUCAAAAAGCUGGAACCCAAGAUGAGUCUUUCCACUCAGAUCUUCAUGCUGGAGAUGAGGAACAGCUUGAUCAGCUGCAGUGACCGCGAUAACGGCUUGCACCAGUUCCUCCGGGGCACUCCAGAAUGUGCCCUACCGCAUGUGUCCUCCCCACACCAGCCCGUCUCUGCCAAGAUGAAGCCAAGAGAAGAAGGGGUGGAAGAUGACGAUGAGGUCUUUGAACCCGUGACUCCAAAUACAUUUAAAAUCCAUCAGUUGCCUUGAUCAGGAGAGGAUUCAAGUUAUGGAGAUGGACACUGAGUGAAGAAAUCUUGGAGCAGACUGCCACCUUUUCAUGAUUGUUGGGCUAUUUUUCAGUAUGCUCAG